AGGUUGAUCUAACCAAUCAUUGCCAACUUUGGUUCAAAGACAACAAAAGUCAAAACAAAACAAAAAAAAACAAAACAGAAUUUUUCCAGUUGAAAAUCGGAAUCUGAAAAUCAGUUGAGCUCGACGUUAGUCAGAUCGAGGAAACAAAGGAUGGUGUUUCAUGUGGUCGGCAAUGAACCAUUUCUGAAUUAAGAAAUCUUUGCUAUGCAAACAAGUGCUAGGAACUGUUUUUACAGUCUGGGCGUCCAAAUUUGGUUCUUACAAAUCAGCUCUUAAAUAUUCUUUCGAACAAUGUAUACAGACAGAAAAAUGGCAAGAGUGAAACAUAAACAUAAGUCAGCUCUUCAGACUGCAGUUUCGUUUUCUCAUUCUAAAUGUACCAACAAGAACCCAAACCUAGUUACACCAUGCUAUACCAAAAUUAAAGCAUUUUCUGAGCACAAGGAUACUAGAGAAAUUAAAAGAAGUGGGAAAAUGGUUGAAUAUGAAUCAUGUUGUAUAGAUGGUUUUGUUAUUUAUUCAUUUGCAACUGUAGAAGAACAGCACAAGUUCUCUCCUUCAACUGCUUUGGAAGUGUUUCCUUCAGCCAUUAUACCUAAAGCAAUCGACAAAACAAAGAUCCUGGAAGAAAUAACCAACAUUGAUUGCGAGCCUCGCGUCGAAAAAAAUGAGGAUGUGACCUGUAUUCGCCAAAAAAAUACCUGUGCUUCAUGCGGCAAGGCAUUCGUGUUUCUGUCAACUCUGGAAUUCCAUCUUCGAAGCACAAUACCAAAAGAUUCAGUAAUUCUCAAGUGCGAGUUUUGCCCACACCUUUCUUACGGAAGCGACACGAUGCGAAUGCAUGUGCGGCAUUUGCAUGGAGAAAGGCUUUAUGAUCAGUUUAGCAGCGACGAAUUGAGAGAAUUGUUUGACGAACAAAUUCCACCCUGUAGGCGGAAUUGCAGUAAUGCAUCAAACAUCUGAAUCAAGAAGUAGUGAAGCACAUUUUUUUAUACUAAGCCCUUCUUUUUAUUUGUGAUAAAACAGCAAUUAUUGGUUGCUAGUAAUGUUAAUUUCUCAUUUUAAUUACAUAAUUGAUACAAUUCAAUAGUCUUACACAGA